AGUAGAGAGACUGGUCUCAGCUGUUUAAGCCGAGGUGUUGAGGUGGGAGUGUGUGUAGAGCUGCACCAGACAUCACACACACCUUCACCUGUCCACUACACUGUAACUCGCCUAAUGUGAACAUCCAGCUACCCGACACGCACUCUAUAACGACCGUAGUGUUUCCAACGAACCGUGUGGGAGCUGCCUAGUAUCUCAGUGGCACAAGACAUACUUGCACCUAGUUAGUUGACUUGCAAUUAUUUUCCCGUAGACUGAAGUGAUCGACAUUAAACAGUGAAUUCGCCUUCAUAAAAAAUCAUGAGAGUGUCGGUGACGAUCAUUGGCGUCCUCCUGGGGACGCUGCUGGGGCUCGUAGAUAUGCAGCUUAUACAGCCGUUCAGGCAGAUACGUCGACCCUCUGAUAACUCCCGGGAGAAUGACAACCCUAGCAAUAAAAGAUUUAUUGUCCGCCUACCUCAAGAUUAUUCCCAGGUUGUGUCAGGUUCUGCUCAAAGACCUUUCUUUCUUCCCCAGCUCAUUAGACAAAAAGAGAAUCGGCAGUCAGGACAGGUAUCCACAGUGAUUAGGCAACCAAAUUUUACUCCAACUGGUAAUAGUCAAAUAUCCUUCACAGCCCCACAACCUCAGCGUCUUCAACAGUUCGGGAAUGGUCAAGGAAUAUCAUUUGCACAGUCUAAUUUUCAACCAUCCAUCAACAGCCAAUUAGGUCUGGUAACCCAACAGCCUAAUCGUCAGCAACAGACUGGAAAUAACGGAUUUUCAGGAACUCUAGAGACUGCUCGUCGUGAACAAAUGGAAAGUGUCCAAGUAAUCCCACCACAGGUUAAUCCUAGUUUACAUCCUUUGAGUAGUCAAGCAUUCGUAGGAACUCUAUCUCCUAGCCGUCAACAAACUGAGCUUGCUCCAGGAAUCACAGGAAUAACUCAACCCAGUCGUGAGCAAACCGGGAUUGGGCAAGGAUUCCAAGGAACGCAACAACCUGAUCGCGAACAAACCGGGGUUGGGCAAGGAUUCCAAGGAACACAUCAACCUCUUCCUCAUCAAGCUGGAGGUUCCAGCCAGUCUCUCCUCGGAGGCUCCCCAGGGAGCGAACCAGCUGCUGGCCAUGCAGAUCGUCACCAUCUGUGUUUAGUGAGACCAGAGCCUGGAGAAUGUAGGGGAGCUUUCCCAAGGUACUUCUACGACCCAGAGAGUGACCAGUGUGAUUGUUUCGUCUACGGUGGUUGUGGGUUAGAGGGUCUCCAGCCCAAUUUCAAAUCACUUAAGGAUUGUCAACGCUCCUGUCUCCCCACCAACCUGCAGGAAGGACCCAAAUGUAGGAUUAUCUUCAGUGAUGAGCAGACCGUUUUUACUCAUAAGGCACAUGCGUCCCCCCCAUUCCAGAGUCAUGCAUCCGCCAAUAAGUUUUUAAGUAUGAUUAUCCAACAAGGGAGUCAACCAUUAAACUAGUGUUUCCCAACCUAGGUGGUACUACCAUCUAGUGAACGCUUUUACAAUACAGAGGAUUAAUAUGCUGAUUGUAAUAAUGUUGGUAGAAUUACCGACAAUAUGUAAAGUAAAAGGACACAAGUGCAACUAAUGUGACAUUUUAUUGUGGCAACGUUUCGCUCCCCU